AUGACUACUUUUCCAGAACUUGAUGGAAAGGUGAAAGAGUUGAAGGAGUUCGAUGACACGAAGGUUGGUGUAAGAGGACUCCUGGAUUCCGGGGUGGCAGAGGUCCCAAGAAUUUUCAUCCGUCCACCGGAGAGUCAUGAUCCAGAGGCUAACAAAACAACGGGAGAUGAUGGCAGCAACAGUCCCCUCCCGCAGGUUCCCACCAUAGACCUUCAGGGCUUUGAUAUCCCAUCAAGAAGGGCCGAAAUUGUUGAUGAAAUUAGUCAGGCACUGGGGACCUGGGGUUUCUUCCAAAUGGUUAAUCAUGGGAUUCCCACGGGUGUGUUGGACAACUUGUUGAGAAGCACCAGGGAAUUUCAUGAGCAACCCGAGGAAACGAGGAUGGAAUUCUACAGCCGUGAUCCUGCGAGGAAGGUGAAAUAUUACUCCACCGGGGAUCUUUAUCUAACAAAAGUUGCUCAGUGGAAAGAUACCCUCUCCUGCGAUUUCGACGAUACCAGUAAAAUCGACUUGGAAAGCUUCCCUGAGAUUUGCAGAAACGAAAUUGGUGAUUAUCUGAAUCGGUUGAAUGGAUUGAAAAACCUGCUGGCUGAGUUAUUGUCCGAAGCUCUGGGCCUAUCCAGGGGCCACCUUGCCAGUUUGGAAUGCUUCGACAUCCAGAGACUCCUAUGUCAUUAUUAUCCACCAUGUCCCGAGCCUGACUUGACCAUAGGCAUAAUGAAGCACUCCGACCCAUACAUCCUCACAAUCCUCCUGCAAGAUGACAUCGGGGGUCUCCAAAUCCUUCACAAGAACCGAUGGCUGGAUGUAACUCCUGUUGAAGGAGCCCUUUUGGUAAACGCUGGAGAUCUGUUGCAGCUGAUUACCAACGAUAAGUUCACAAGUGUGGAACACAGGGUGAUAGCUAAAAGAGUCGGUCCAAGACGCUCAGUUGCAUGUUUCAUUUACCCAAGAAACAAGAAUCAAUCCAAGCCGUACGGGCCAGUGAAGGAGCUUCUAUCCGACAAGAAUCCGCAGAUAUACAGGGAAACCAGCUUCAAUGAAUACGUCAGGUAUUAUGCUUCUAAAGGUCUUGAUGGUGUCAAAGCGCUUCCUCACUUCCAUUUGACAAGUGCAGACAGCUAGGUACAACUUAAUUCUAGAGAGUGAUCGGAGACAAUAGUGAAGUUUUGAGUUUGUAUUGGCAAAUGACUAUGUACC